AUGUCCAUUAGUGCCAGUAGCCAAAGCAGUAGUGUGAAUAGUCUUCCGGAUGCCUCAGAUGACAAGAGUGAGUUGGACAUGAUGGAAGGAGAUCAUACUGUGAUGUCAAACAGCUCCGUCAUCCAUUUAAAACCUGAGGAAGAAAAUUACCCAGAGGAAUCUGAACCUAGAGCCCGACCAUCAGAGCCACAGUCUCCUCCCCAGGUCUCUCGUCACAAGUCUCAUUAUCGCAACAGAGAGCACUUUGCCACCAUUCGUACUGCCUCAUUGGUGACGAGGCAAAUACAGGAACAUGAGCAAGACUCAGAGCUUCGAGAACAGAUGUCUGGAUACAAGCGCAUGAGGCGGCAGCAUCAAAAGCAACUGAUGGCACUGGAAAACAAGCUAAAGGCCGAGAUGGACGAACACCGGCUCCGACUAGACAAAGAUUUGGAAACUCAACGUAACAACUUUGCAGCAGAAAUGGAAAAACUUAUUAAAAAAACACCAAGCGGCUAUGGACAAAGAGUUAAAGCUGAUGGCUAAUGAAGAAAAGAAGUUCCAGCAGCACAUUCAGGCUCAACAGAAGAAAGAGCUGAAUAGCUUCUUAGAGUCACAGAAACGUGAAUAUAAGCUGCGCAAAGAACAGCUAAAAGAGGAGCUGAAUGAAAACCAGAGCACUCCAAAGAAAGAGAAACAGGAAUGGCUCUCAAAGCAGAAGGAAAAUUUCCAGCAUUUCCAAGCUGAGGAAGAAGCCAAUCUUCUUCGACGUCAGAGGCAGUACCUAGAGCUGGAGUGCCGUCGGUUCAAGAGGCGAAUGUUGCUUAGUAGGCAUAAUCUUGAGCAGGAUCUAGUUAGAGAGGAACUGAACAAGAGGCAGACACAAAAGGAUUUGGAGCACGCCAUGCUAUUACGGCAGCACGAAUCCAUGCAGGAACUAGAAUUUCGGCAUCUCAAUACUAUACAGAGAAUGCGUUGUGAGCUUAUUAAGUUACAACACCAAACUGAACUCACAAACCAGCUGGAAUACAACAAGAGACGUGAGCGAGAACUGAGGCGCAAACAUGUCAUGGAAGUACGGCAGCAACCCAAGAGUCUGAAGUCUAAAGAGUUGCAGAUAAAGAAGCAGUUCCAGGACACUUGCAAGAUCCAGACA